UCCAACCGAUAAUCUUAUUUUUGUGAAAAACCAAGAGAACCUCAAGAAACUAAUACAUAUAAUUGACGUUUAGUAUUUUGUAAUUUGCAUUAAUGGCAGCUGAACUCUUGCACUUUCCCUAUUCUUGCUUUUUGACCCGUACGCUUCCAAGAGAUUUCACACCAAGAGCACUUCAUGGAACUGCCAUGAAAUUGAAGAUCCGUUGCUCCGUCAGCACUCAAAGUUCCCAGUUAACUCCUGAAGAAAACAGGAGAUUGGCCAAUUACCAACCCGACAUGUGGAAUUACGACUUUUUGCAGUCCUUGACCAGUGAUGAGGAGGUUGAGGUUUGUGAAGAUAGAGCAAAGCAACUGGAGGACAAGGUGAAAAGCAUGAUGUGCAAAGAAGCAGAGUCAUUGGAGAUUCUUGAACUGAUUGAUGAUGUUCAACGACUUGGAUUGGGGUAUCGGUUCAAGGGUGAAAUAAGGAGAGCCCUCGAUAGAAUUGCGUCAUUGAAAGAUGAAACUAAUAAGAGCUUACAUGCCACUGCUCUCUGCUUCAGGCUCCUUAGACAGCAUGGUUAUCAGGUCUCUCAAGACGUAUUUAGUGGUUUCAAAGACCAAAAUGGCUCUUUCAAGGCAAACCUUAGCGAAGAUGUGAAGGGAAUGCUAAGCCUGUAUGAAGCUUCAUACUUUUCCAUUGAAGGAGAAAAUAUCUUGGACGAAGCCAAGGAGUUCACAACAAUGUAUCUCAAGGAUCCCAAAGUAAACAUACACAAAAGCCUAGCUGAACAAGUAGGUCAUGCUUUGGAGCUUCCUUUGAACCGCAGAAUGCAAAGGCUGGAAGCACGUUGGACCAUCGAAUCGUACAGUAGAAGACAAGAUGUAAACCAGGUGGUUCUUGAACUGGCUAAAUUGGAUUUUAACAGGCUACAAUUCGAGCACCAGAGCGAACUGCGAGAAUUGUCAAGAUGGUGGAGAGCUAUGGGACUCUCAAAGAAGCUGAGCUUCGCUAGAGACAGACUAAUGGAAUGCUUCUUCUGGACUCUGGGGAUGGUGUCUGAACCUCAAUUUAGUUACUGCAGAAAAUCUCUGACAAAAGUUUUUAAACUGAUAACCAUCCUGGAUGAUGUUUAUGAUAUUUACGGAACUGUGGAUGAAUUGGAGCAGUUUACAGAUGCCGUUGAAAGAUGGGAUGUCAAUAUUGUGCAAGACCUUCCAGAUUACAUGAAGUUAUGCUUCUUAGCUCUUUACAAUACCGUCAAUGAGAUGACUUACGACAUUUUGAGGGAGGGAGGGGAAGUUGCUCUACCAUACUUGACAAAAUCGUGGGUUGAUUUAUUGAAGGCGUUCUUACAAGAGGCAAAAUGGUGUUACAACAAGCAAAUACCAGGAGUUGAGGAAUAUUUUGAAAAUGGAUGGAGGUCAGUCUCGGGGACUGUAUUGUUGGCUCAUGCCUACAUUUUACUGGGUCACAACAGAACAAGGGAGGAGCUUGAGGGCAUCGAAAAGUACCAUAAUCUCUUGCGUUGGUCAUCCUUUAUCUUUCGACUGUGCAAUGACUUAGUUAGUUCAAAGGCUGAAAUAGAGAGAGGUGACAUUUCAGGUAUCCUAUGUUACAUGCAUGAAACUGGUAUGUCAGAGGAAUCGGCUGGAAAAUACAUCAGCAAUUUGAUAGACGAAGCUUGGAAAAAGUUGAACAAAGAUGGAAUUGGAUGCUCUCCUUUUGACGAGGUUUUCGUAGCAACGGCAUUUAACCUUGCUCGCCAGGCCCAUUGCCACUAUCAGCACGCAGAUGGGCAUGGAGCCCCAGAUGAAAGAUCUAGGAACCGAGUUAAGUCUUUGAUAAUCGAGCCCAUCCCACUUGUUGGUGCAUAA